AUGUGGAUAUGGCUGACGUUUUCAUUGGUUGCCACGUUAUUGUUGGCAAUUCUCUUCAUCCGUCGAUACAUUGAUUACAGAGAAGUUUCACUCCCAUUGCUGGCGACCUUGACACUCUCAAUUUAUCUGCCAUUGUCAAUUGUGUUCCUAUUACCCUUGGACAUAUAUAAUGGUGGAUCUGAAUCUGAGGGCAAGAUCAUUUAUCGGAUGUGGCAGUUGAACUAUUGGUUGACCUUUUUGUUGACAUGGGCUCUGUUGCCGUUCUUCCAAUAUUACACAAGAUCCGGUUAUUAUGAUGCUAAAGAUAAGGCUACAGAUAGUAUCAACAAAUUGAUUCGAUACCAAUUGGCGUUGCUAACAGUGGGGUUCUCUAUUUUGGCUUAUUGCUUGCUAACAGGGAAAUUCAAACUUAAGAGCUUGAAGUCUAUUGUAAUUACUUGUUCACAUAUCUACUCACUGACCAUAGCACUGUGGAUGAUGAGCCAUGGGUUGAUUAGUAUUCCAAAAUCUAUUUAUAGACGCAGUUCCGUGGAUGUCAACCAACUUUACCUCAAAAUUCCAAGUCUUUCCACCUCCAAGCACGAUCACUUGUUGAAUUACAAAGAUGUUUGUUACAAGAUAAUGAAAUAUCCGAGAAACCCAGAAAAUUCGGAAUGGUUGGAUUCUUUAAUCGAUAAAAUUCCGGCCAGUAUCAGAACAGAGUCCAAUCAUUCUGUGUUGAUAGACGGUGCCGACUCUGAAAGUCUGGUCAAACUUUCAGAGAAUUUGAGCAUUUACAAACAUAAAUAUUUGGAAGCUCUGAACCAAUUCAGCGAAACUAUGGAUGAAGCCCUGAAAUGGGAAGAGAUAUUAGACAGUAAGAAUUCGGGAAGUUCAGUACUAAUUUUCCAACAUCAACCAGAUCAUAUAUUCAACAAAUUUCCCCGUUUUAAUUAUGUUUACUACAAUCAUUUGAGAUACCAUGUUCAUGUGUUGGCAGGUGUUCUAAGUUUACUAAUCUCCAUGGUAAUUGUACAAUCGGAAACAUUCCACUCAACAAGAGCUUCUCUUUUAAAAUACAUAAUCAAUUUGAACUUCCAUACAAGACUAAAUUCAGUGACCGUGUUCUGUUUCCUAUCUUAUAUGGUAGUUGUCACACUAUUGACCUUGACUCAAGUUAAAGUGUUCAACAUCUACAAAAUUUCUCCUCACGGGAACUCCAAUCCUUCAAGUUUUAUUUUCUUUCUCACAUAUGCAUCUAGGUUGACUAUCCCACUUUCUUACAAUUUUACAAUGCUACUUUCCAACGAUUCGUCGCAAUUUCAAAAGUUCCUAGGUGAAUCUAUCAAAUUAAUUAAGGCCGGAGAAGUUAUCAACGAUAUUCUUCCGCGUCUUAUUAUUGUGCCAAUUAUUCUGGAGCUAUACAACGUUUACGGAAAAUUGAACCAGUGGAUAAGAAAUAUCCUAUUCUUAGAUGAUGAUUUCGACCUCCAAUUUGAUGAAUCUGAACCACUCAAUCGAGAUGACAGCAUAAUCGCUAGAUCUAAACAGAUCAUAGAAAGAGAACUUAGAGUAAGACAGGCUCAUGUGUAG